CGACCCUUCUCAGAGUUUUAUGCUCAUGAGUUCAUUAAUUUGAAGUUUUAAAUGUAACCCGAAAAAACCACACCAGUUUGACGCCAUAUAUGAUACUCCAUUCUCCGCCAACAUUUGUUAAUGGCCGCCACGAAAUUUCCCUUGGCUGGUGACGCGGUGGCGAAUAUAAGCAGAAUUGGCACCAGCAGUAGAGACUACUUGAACGACAACCACCACAACAACCCCCUCCCCACCUCGUCCGCCUCUCAUUCUCAUCAUCAGAUGGCCAGAAAGCGGCCGGCGUCGGAGAUGGAGCUCCAGUUCGGUGCCGGGUUUUCCGAGAACAAUAGGUUUUUCCGACGAACAACGCCGGCGGAGAUGAACUUGCCAGUCCAUGGAGAUUUAAGGUUCCGCUCCAACAAUUUCGGCGAUGAUAAUAACGACGUCGCCGUCAACAACUUCUCCUCCAUGCCUCCGCCUCCAACCGCCUCAGCCCAUUUAGGCAUGACGUCAGAGGCUACACAGUUAACAUACAUGGAGCCGUUACCACCGAAUCAAAACCCCCAAAUUCAAAACGAACAGCCGCAGCCUCCUCUCCCCAUCUGCGGGUUCUCGGGUCUUCCCCUCUUCCCAGCCCCAACCCGGACCAGAAAUGCUGCCGUGACGCUGCAAUCGCCGCCUAUGACGGCGAACUACGGCGGUGCCGGUUCUGCUGGGGUUAACACUUCCGGAGAAAGUCCGAUGGCGUGGAUCGACGGGAUAAUUAAGGAUCUAAUCCACAGCUCAACCCAUGUGUCGAUUCCUCAGCUGAUACAGAACGUGAGAGAAAUAAUCCACCCCUGUAACCCUAACCUCGCCGUCCUCCUCGAAUACCGCCUCCGUUCCCUCACCGAUCCUCUCGCGAAUAACGUGUAUGAGGAUUGGAGGAGAAAGGAAGGCCAAGACGCCGUUGGCCAUCCCGUCCACAUGCCGGAAUCCAUGAAUAUGAAUAUUCCGCACUGGGAGGUAUCAGUUUCACUCCCUCCGGCCACCGCCCCUAUUACAACUCCCCAGCACGCUCAUCCGAACCUGCUCCAGCAACCGCAACCCUCACCUCCUCCGCCGCAGCAGAUUAUUCGCGACAAUUCCUCCACGGUAGCGCCCAAUCCGCCGUUUGUUCCGUCGGCUCCUCCGAGCUUGGAUAAUAGGCAACAGCAACAACAGAAAAAUCCGGCAGGGAAGGAGCAGGAAAAGCAACCGGAAUCGAAGUCUCUGACGGCGAACGAGAGCGCAGCCGCGGCAGCAGCGUUGAUGAGGAGAUCUGAAAAGGAGGAAUUAGAACAGAAACGGAAGGACGAAGAAGGGCUCCACCUAUUGACCUUACUGCUACAAUGCGCCGAAGCGGUCGCCGCGGAAAACAUGGAGGAAGCCAACGAAAUGCUUCUCCAGGUCUCGGAACUAUCAACGCCGUUCGGGACGUCGGCCCAGCGAGUAGCGGCGUACUUCUCCGAAGCCAUGUCGGCGAGACUGGUGAACUCCUGCUUAGGAAUCCACGCGUCGGCGCCGCUGAGCUCGUUGCCGGGAAGCGUGAGCCAGAAAAUGGCCGCCGCCUUCCAAGUCUUCAACGGAAUCAGCCCAUUCGUGAAAUUCUCGCAUUUCACGGCCAACCAGGCGAUUCAGGAAGCGUUCGAGAGUGAGGAUAGAGUGCACAUAAUCGAUCUCGAUAUCAUGCAGGGUUUGCAAUGGCCGGGGCUUUUCCACAUCCUGGCGUGCCGACACGGCGGGCCGCCGCUGGUCCGCCUCACCGGGUUGGGGACUUCCAUGGAAGCCCUUGAGGCUACCGGAAAAAGGUUGUCGGAUUUCGCGCAGAAACUGGGGCUGCCAUUUGAAUUCUGCCCGGUAGCGGAUAAGGUUGGGAACUUGGAUCCGCAGAGGCUGAAUGUCGGAAAGCGGGAGGCCGUCGCUGUUCAUUGGUUACAGCACUCUCUGUAUGACGUUACCGGCUCCGACGCCAAUACACUGUGGCUCUUGCAAAGAUUGGCUCCAAAAGUGGUGACAGUAGUAGAGCAAGACCUGAGCCAUGCAGGUUCAUUUCUGGGCAGAUUUGUGGAGGCAAUCCACUACUACUCGGCGUUGUUUGACUCCCUGGGAGCGUGCUACGGUGAGGAGAGCGAGGAGCGGCACGUGGUGGAGCAGCAGCUUCUCUCCAAGGAGAUCCGCAACGUGCUUGCGGUUGCGGGUCCGUCCCGGAGUGGUGAGGUCAAGUUCAACAACUGGAGAGAAAAACUUCAGCAGUCUGGCUUCCGGGGAGUGUCAUUGGCCGGAAAUGCUGCAGCUCAGGCCACGCUACUGCUCGGCAUGUUCCACUCGGACGGGUACACGCUGGCCGAGGACAACGGAGCCCUCAAGCUUGGUUGGAAGGAUCUCUGCUUGCUGACAGCUUCUGCAUGGAGGCCUCCUCCACUCCAACCUCAAUAAUUAAAGAGCAAGGCUAGUUACACAUUUUUUGGUACAUGAUUUCCAUACAUUCUUAUAUGGCAUGAAUGUGUUGAGUGAUGAAAAAUAAAGAAAUUUUCAUUAUCUAAUAGAUGCAUGCCACAUAAUAAUUUAUCAAAAGAAUGUACCACAAAAAUGUAUACCACUAUUUAUGGAUAACUAAACACUAAAAAAUGAAAUUUUUUCCAUUUCCACGCAAGUGUGGUUUGUUUUCUCAAUGAUAGAUACUUCCUAUAUGAUUUUGUGUUUUGUUUUUCUUUAUUUGUUAUAUUUUUCCAGCUUAGUGCUCUUGCUUAAACAAAAUAAAGAUAAAAAGGAAUUUCCUUAUGUUAACGCUUGCAAUUUUACGCAAACCUAUAUAACUAUA